AUGUGGCCCUCCAUCGUGCUUGUGGGACUGACUGUUGUCAUUGGCACGAGCAGGGGCUCCUACCCUUUCCCUCAUGCCCUGCGGCCCCACCUGCACCCCCGCCUGUACCACGGUUGCUACGGGGACAUCACGACCAUGGAGACCUCUGGGGUGCGCUGCGACAUCACAAACCUGCUCAGCUGCGGGAUCCGUGGUUCUGAAAUGUUUGCCGACAUGGACCUGAACUCUAUCAGGCCCUACCAGACUCUGAUCAAGGAAGUGGGCCAGAGGUACUGCGUGGAUCCCGCGCUCAUCGCAGCCGUCAUCUCCAGAGAGAGCCAUGGCGGCACCGUCCUGCAGCGUGGCUGGGACCACAGGGGACUGAAGUUCGGCCUGAUGCAGCUGGAUAAAAAUAUUCACCCAACCGGUGCCUGGGACAGCAAAGAACACCUUUCGCAGGGUGUGGGGAUUCUAGCAGAAAACAUUAAGGUGAUCCAGAGAAAAUUCCCCAUGUGGAGUGUGGACCAGCACCUCAAAGGUGGUCUCUCUGCCUUCAAGUCAGGAGCUGAAGCCAUUGCCGCCCUGGAAGACAUUGACUCAGGCUAUGUUGACGAUGUGAUUGCCCGCGCUCGAUUCUAUAAAACGCAUGGCUUCUAG